GGGGAGGAUGGGGCUGUGCGGGCGGGGCUGGAGGUGCCUCGGGGUCCUGCGGCUGCCGGGCGGGGCUGCCGGAUCGGGCCCCCGCCUGCUCAGUGUCUGGGCCCGAGGCGCUGGGGAGCCCCCCCCCCGCGGGCCGGGCAGCGCCCCCCGCCGCCAGCCCUGGCCCGGCCUCCAGCCGGCGCGAGGGGCGGCGCGCCCCAACCCCUUCACGCGGGGCCAGCAGCAGGAGUGGAGACGCCGGAACAGGACCGUCCUGACCUACGUGGCCGCCGCGGCCGUGGGCAUGGUGGGCAUGUCCUACGCGGCCGUGCCGCUCUACCGCCUCUACUGCCAGGCUACUGGAUUAGGUGGGUCAGCAGUAGCAGGCCAUGAUUCAGACCAGAUUGAGACUAUGGAACCUGUUAAAGAUCGUAUCAUUAAGGUCACUUUCAAUGCUGAUGUGCAUGCAAGUCUACACUGGAAUUUUAGACCUCAGCAAACAGAAAUAUACGUUGUACCAGGAGAGACUGCACUGGCAUUUUACAAAGCAAAGAAUUCUACAGACAAACCAGUAAUUGGAAUCUCUACAUAUAAUGUGGUUCCAUUUGAAGCAGGACAAUAUUUCAAUAAAAUACAAUGCUUUUGUUUUGAAGAACAGCGGCUUAAUCCCCAAGAGGAAGUGGACAUGCCUGUAUUUUUCUUCAUAGAUCCUGAAUUUGCUGAAGACCCAAGAAUGGCCAAUGUUGAUCUGAUCACUCUUUCUUAUACUUUUUUUGAAGCAAAAGGAGGACACAAAUUGCCACUCCCAGGUUAUCAAUAAUAUACUAUCUAUACAACGAAUGAGUAGUUUCUCUGGUACCUGGCAGCAAAACACAUUCUUCCAAAGACACAAGAAGGAUAUGAAACACCACAUGGAACUACUGUACAAUAUGAAUUUGUAUUUUAAAUUAUUAAACCAUGACAGAUGCUCUUAAGGUGUGAAUUUUAUUCUACUUUCCAUACAAGGACCAAUGAUGUGUCUGAACACACAGGAAAAGGGAAAUCUUUGUAGCUAAGUGCAAAUGGAAAUCUUCAAAACAAUUAUCAGAUUUAGCUUUACAUUCAGUUGAUAGGAACAGAUUUGUCCACUAAAUCUCUGAGCGUAUGGAGUUAAUAAUCUUCUCUGUUGAUGGAAACCGGAUAAGAAAACUGUUAAUGCCUGAAAAUGAUUAAGAGCUUAUGGUACUUCAGAAGAAAGACAACUUUCAUUGAUCCUGUGUUUUAGGUGAAAAGGAAUACCCCUUACCAGCAAAUAUUCUACUUAAUCUUGUUAGACUUGAUGAGAGGAAACAAAAUCAGUCUGGGUCACUAAAGAAUACUUAUGUGGUACAGGAAAAGACAUUGAUGAUUCAUUAGGACUUUCCCUUUGAAGAUUGUACUGAAUUAAUAGUCUGACAUAGACCAAUGGUCACUGCUGCUAGAGGUAGUGUGUGUUUUGGAUGUUAUGCACAACAGAGGUCCUGACUACUUAUGGUUAUUUAAAAAAAAAAAAGCUAUUAGUUAGACAAGCAUUUCUCUUACAGUUCCAGUAGGUAUUGGUGUUCAGUUUUGGUAAACAGCAGUACAGUGUUGUGUACUGUUAGAGCUGCUGUUCACCUCAGAUGUGACUGCAUUUUGGUGGUAGACGAAAAUAAUUUCUCCAUAAAUAUCUUAUAGGAGAAUUAGGCUGAUUUGUGAAGUACUUAGAUAUCUUUGAAUGAAAGAUGGUAUAGAAGCUCUUAAUGGGUUAUUUUUUAUUGUAACAUAGCAGUUUUGAAGCAGAACUUAAUGUUUUGCAUUGCUGGUUUCUACCUAAGCCCCAAAGAAAGUAGCAAAAGUGUUUACAGAAGACUCUCAAAGGAAGAGCGAUGUAGCUUAUCUCAAAAGCUGUGAGGAAAUACUAGAUCAGAAUGGUUCUUACCUACCUGCCCUUCUAUCUAGGUAUUAAUAUGGCUUUCCACGCUAUCUUAAUCAUUAAUGGAUUUUAUUCUCACAAGAGCCCUGUAACAUAGGCAGUUAUUCCCAUUUUAUGUAUGGGGGAACCGAGGCAAAGGGUGGAAGAAGUGUUAUGCCCAAGCUCUCUCACACAUUGAACUCGGGACUCAAAUCCUACUUUAGUAUCCUUUUCCCCCUAGACCAUCCCUCCUACCCUCGCGUUAGUGCAUGGACUGUGAUAAAAGUAAUACCAAAAGUACUGUUUCAUAGUACAGACAUCACCAUGAGGGGCACAUUAGAAAUCAUGACAAAAUAUCUAAUUGCUCUCAUUUAGGUCUCUGCAAAUUACAUUUGCAUAUGAUUUAAGAACAGUGCUAUGCAGAGAAGCUCUUGUUCCUCUGUCUCUAUUUUUGGUGCAUCUCUUACAUAUAUCCAAAUUAUUGGUUGUUUUUGGAAGUCUCUUUCAAAACAAAGAACAUUAUUGUACUCUGUAUUUACUGGCAUCCAGUGUAUCUUUUGUAAUAACACAAUGUGAAAUCUGAACUAGACUGAUUAAAAAUAUUA